GGUCAAAGGUCAUCCAAGCCAGUUCCGCUUCCGGUUCCGGAAUCCUGCUUGUUGUCAGAAAACUUUGGGGCCUCAGGAAGCCCGUGGGGCCGUUUUGAGGGGGUCGAGGUUUCGCCCGACGUCUUUUGCAGCAGCCAUGGCGGCCUCCACCGCGGCCGGGAAGCAGAGAAUUCCCAAAGUGGCCAAGGUAAAAAACAAAGCUCCAGCUGAGGUACAGAUAACUGCCGAACAACUCUUAAGAGAAGCUAAAGAAAGAGAACUUGAGCUUCUUCCACCUCCACCUCAACAGAAGAUCACAGAUGAAGAAGAAUUAAAUGAUUACAAACUAAGGAAAAGGAAGACUUUUGAAGAUAACAUAAGAAAAAAUAGGACUGUGAUUAGUAACUGGAUAAAAUACGCACAAUGGGAAGAGAGUCUAAAGGAGAUUCAAAGGGCUCGAUCCAUAUACGAACGUGCUUUAGAUGUGGACUACCGAAAUAUUACACUUUGGCUGAAAUAUGCAGAAAUGGAAAUGAAGAAUCGUCAGGUAAACCAUGCCCGAAAUAUCUGGGACCGGGCCAUAACAACUCUGCCUCGAGUCAACCAGUUCUGGUACAAGUACACAUACAUGGAGGAGAUGCUGGGAAACAUAGCUGGCGCCCGGCAGGUGUUUGAACGCUGGAUGGAAUGGCAACCUGAGGAGCAAGCCUGGCACUCCUACAUCAAUUUUGAGCUGCGAUACAAAGAGGUGGAUCGGGCCCGCACCAUUUAUGAGCGAUUUGUACUUGUGCACCCCGACGUUAAAAACUGGAUCAAGUAUGCCCGCUUUGAAGAAAAACAUGGUUAUUUCGCCCAUGCACGGAAAGUGUACGAAAGAGCGGUUGAAUUCUUUGGAGAUGAACAUAUGGAUGAACACCUUUAUGUUGCCUUUGCCAAAUUUGAAGAAAAUCAGAAAGAAUUUGAAAGGGUACGCGUGAUCUACAAGUAUGCCCUGGAUAGAAUUUCAAAACAAGAGGCCCAAGAACUCUUCAAAAAUUAUACCAUCUUUGAGAAGAAGUUUGGUGAUAGGCGGGGUAUUGAAGAUAUCAUAGUGAGCAAACGGAGAUUCCAGUAUGAAGAAGAAGUGAAGGCUAAUCCACACAAUUAUGAUGCGUGGUUUGAUUACUUACGCUUGGUGGAAAGUGAUGCAGAAGCAGAAACUGUACGAGAAGUCUAUGAAAGAGCUAUUGCCAAUGUCCCACCCAUUCAAGAGAAGAGGCAUUGGAAGCGCUACAUCUAUCUUUGGGUCAACUAUGCACUCUAUGAAGAGCUGGAGGCAAAGGAUCCCGAGAGGACAAGACAGGUCUAUCAGGCCUCUUUGGAACUAAUUCCUCAUAAAAAGUUCACAUUUGCCAAAAUGUGGUUACUAUAUGCACAAUUUGAAAUAAGACAGAAAAAUUUACCAUUUGCCAGAAGAGCUUUGGGAACUUCCAUAGGCAAAUGUCCAAAGAACAAGUUAUUUAAAGGUUACAUAGAAUUGGAGCUGCAGCUUCGAGAAUUUGACAGAUGCCGGAAGCUUUAUGAAAAGUUCCUGGAAUUUGGACCUGAAAACUGUACCUCUUGGAUUAAAUUUGCAGAAUUAGAGACAAUCCUUGGCGAUAUUGAGAGAGCACGGGCAAUCUAUGAGUUAGCCAUCAGCCAGCCACGCUUAGACAUGCCAGAGGUGCUUUGGAAAUCAUAUAUUGAUUUUGAAAUUGAGCAGGAAGAAACUGAAAGAACACGCAAUCUUUACCGACGAUUGCUUCAACGGACACAACAUGUCAAGGUAUGGAUCAGUUUUGCUCAGUUUGAGUUGUCUUCAGGGAAAGAAGGAAGUUUGGCUAAAUGCAGACAAAUUUAUGAAGAGGCUAACAAAACCAUGCGAAACUGUGAAGAAAAGGAAGAAAGACUUAUGCUGCUGGAAUCUUGGCGAGGCUUUGAAGAUGAAUUUGGAUCUGCAUCAGAUAAGGAGAGAGUAGACAAACUCAUGCCAGAGAAAGUCAAGAAGAGAAGAAAGGUUCAGGCUGAUGAUGGGUCUGAUGCAGGCUGGGAAGAAUACUAUGAUUACAUCUUUCCGGAAGAUGCUGCCAACCAACCUAACCUCAAGCUCCUGGCCAUGGCCAAACUUUGGAAGAAACAACAGGAAAAGGAGGAGGCUGCUGAACAAGACCCGGACAAGGACAUUGAUGAGAGUGAAUCUUGAGCUUCUUAUUCAUACUGAUGUUUUAUUUUUAUAAAUUUUUUGGAACUCUUGUGACUCCUGUAAGUUUUUGUAUAUUUCACCAGUAAUGAACUGAUUGGAAUCUUUGGCAGCUACUUUUUGAAUUAUUUUUUAAAUGCUGUUGGGCUAGCUAGGGGUUGGGGGUUGCAAGUAAAGGAAUUUUCUUAACUGCUAAAUUUGAGUCCAAACAUUUUUGUCCACAUAGUGCAUUAGCUAUUCUAAUUCAAAUAAUGCUUAGCAUCUAUUUUAGAAAGAACUGUGGGCUUCUGAAAGAACCUUUUUCUAGAAGUUUUCAAGUUAUAUUCUGUAGUAACUUUUAAGGUAUAGUUUUCUCAUGCCUUCAUAAAGAUAUUUCUUCAUAGCUAUUUAUGCAUUCAUCUGAAACCUGCAACUUUGCAACUUUUUCAUGGUUUCAGACUCACGCUGACUUGAGUUCCAUUCCCAGCUCUACUACUUAGUGAUAUGUAACUUAACCUUUAUUUUCACUUUCUUAACUCAUAAAAUGGGUUAAUACUUUGCCAACUCCUUUUGAAGAUUAAACUAGAAAAGGACUAUACCUGAUGCAUAGUUAAGUGCUCAAUAAAAUAUUCAUACCUAGCCACUUAAAUAUAUUAAUUCCUUAUAGAAUUCAAUAUUUUUGGAUUCAUUUAACUUCUAAAAUUCUUUCUUAAUACUAGCCUUUUAUACUAAGUGCUUUUCAAAACUAGUUGGAAAAUAAUUUACAGUUACUCAAUUUCUGAAUAAGGUUUUUUUACCAAGAACAUUUUAGUCAAAUUUCAGUUAUGCCCUUAAAUGUUUCCCAGAGUGGUUGAGUUGUGUAGUGGAUUGUUAAAAGAAUAGUAUACGUGUGCCAUGUAAAAACGAUGUCCUAUACUGAAAUAAGCUAGGAAACCCUAGAUUAAGGGUUAAUUAAGCCUUGUUAGUCAAAUCUCUUGAUAGGCUUCUCAGAGCCUUUGAUAUACUACUGUAUAUAUGAAUUACCAGUAACAAUGCUGGCAAUAUUUCCCAAACUUAUUGGACAAGGGAAUCAUUUCUACCUGGAGUACCAAUAAAUAUCUCCCAGUGUGCUACAGUAGAAAACAUCCACCUGUUAACACCUGACACAGUAAACUUACCCUUGCUUUAUAAUGUGAAAACACCUAAGGUAACUAACUAUAUGCUAAAUAAUGAAACUUAAAUAGCACAGUAACGUACUUACUGAUAACAUUACUCAUAUUCUCAAGCAAAAAAUACUUACCUUAAUUAACUGA